AGUGCUGGCUGAGACUGCCAUACAUGGGCAAAUUUCAGCGACUCUGUGUGUAAGUGUGUGUGCUGCCGGCUGGAAUUUCGCCCUCUGACGUCACUGCCUGUUACUCUCCCAGAUUUGGGAAAAAGAAGUUUCACUUUAAGUGGGGAUUUGAAACUCUGUGAUUCUUAGAAAGCGAGGUCUGUGAUCAUCUGGUGAUUUGUUUUUGUUCCUGAAAAUAAAUCAGAUUUCUUGACUCCAGAAAGAUGUGGGGUGGCCAUAAUGAUGGUGACCAGCAAGGUCAUGUGAGUGCACGAAUGGAGACCAGCUUACCCAUGGGUACCACCAGUAUUUCUGUAUCCCAGCAACAGGCUCCUAAGAAGUUUGCUCCUGUUGUGGCUCCCAAGCCCAAGUUCAACCCCUAUAAACAACUCGGGGAUGCAACACACGAGGGAGCUGGAGACUAUCCCCCACCUCCUCCACCUGUCCUUGAGCCCAGCGGACUCCCGUCCCCUUCUAGCUUCCCACCUCCUCCACCAAUGGAUGAGGCCUCCCUUGGCUUUCAGAUAAAAGGACCUGAGAAAACUCUAGAAGAGAGACGUUCUAGUCUGGAUGCUGAGAUUGACUCCCUGACCAGUAUUCUGGCUGACCUAGAGAGCAGCUCACCGUACAAACCGCGCACGCCGCAGAAUUCUACCAGCCCAUCUGCAGCAGGCGCCAACGCCCCUGUUACAGGCUAUCGGCGCAUGGUCAUCCCAACUCAACCUCCUCUAACCGCCACUAAGAAAUCCACCCCGAAACCACAGCCCUCUCCAACCGCCCCUUCUCCAGCUUCCUCUUCUCCACGGCCUCAAUACCAGCCCGCUCCCCAACCUGUCCCGGCUUCCUACACCACCGCCUCUACUCCGAGCCAGCCCACCUUCAAUGUUCAGGUCAGGGCCGCCCAACCCGGCCCCCAGCAGCAGCCGGUCCGCGGUCCAGCCCAGGUGCAGUACAUGCCGGCUCAACCCAGAGGCCCUGAUUUUGCCUACGGGCCUCCGCAGCCGGGAUUCUGCCCUGCUCCGUCUGGAGGCUACCAGGAUCAGCAUUAUGGUGGAGCUCCUGCUUAUGGAGGUCAGAACACAUGGAGAGCUGAGCCAAGUCACCAUGCCGCUCCUCCACCCAGUCAAGGGUACCAACCCGCUCCUCCAAAAAAAACCUACAUCACUGACCCACCUGCCAGCCUGGCACCCUUCGGCGGUGGGUCUUCUGCUCCUCAUAAGGGUCGUCCUGAGGAGGAACUGGACCGUCUGACAAAGAAGAUGCUGUAUGACAUGGACAACCCCCCAUCUGAGGAGUAUUUUGGACGCUGUGCAAGCUGUGGGGAGAAUGUGGUUGGUGAGGGGACGGGUUGUACCGCCAUGGACCAGGUCUUCCACGUGGACUGCUUCAUCUGCAUGACCUGCGGUUCCAAGCUCAGAGGGAAGCCCUUCUAUGCCGUGGAAAAGAAGGCCUACUGCGAACCCUGCUAUAUCAACACCCUGGAGACUUGCAACAUAUGUAGUAAGCCCAUAAUGGAGCGUAUCCUGCGGGCGACUGGGAAGGCCUAUCAUCCCCAGUGCUUCACCUGUGUGGUCUGCCAUCGGAGUCUGGACGGCAUUCCCUUUACUGUGGACGCCUCUAACCACAUCCACUGCAUCGAAGACUUCCACAAGAAAUUUGCCCCUCGUUGCUCUGUGUGUACAGAGCCCAUAAUGCCAGCACCCGGCCAGGAGGAGACUGUGCGUAUUGUGGCCUUAGACCGUGACUUUCAUGUGCAGUGCUAUCGUUGUGAGGAUUGUGGCUGUCUUCUUUCUGAGGGAGACAACCAGGGUUGCUACCCUCUGGAUGGCCAUGUUCUCUGCAAAACCUGCAACACCAGUCGCAUCCAGGCCCUCACCGCCAAGGCCACGACUGACCUCUGAGUAACACAUAUCUACAAGCAGGUCCCUAAUAUCCCUGCGUUCAUCAAAUCCUGAGAAACACCAUAUCCUGUCACAUCACUGCACACGAAUAUUUAUGCUCAGACAAAUGCACAUGUACACAUAAAGCUGUCAUUCCACUUAAGGGGCCACGACUUGUCUUGUCGCUCAUGCACCUCCACACACUGUGCCUUGUAUUAAACUUGCACUCAUUUAUUCUGUCCAACCAGUUUUAUUAGCAAAUAUGUAUUCACCAGGGCCCGCUACAGCUGCUUGUAAACACGUAAAUGUGUCAGCCUUAACAUAUAGAGCAAGACUGUUAGAUUCUAACUGAGCUGUUUAAGAACAGAACAUCAUAGAAUCAUCUCUAAAAAGGGACCAUGCUGUACGAUCGAUAUGUAUUCCAGUAUGUAUCUAACCUUCGGCUAUCAAUCCAUCCCAAAGGUGAAAUCAAUUAAAAUACACUUUCACAUAAAGCUACUAGUUACACAUGUAGACACACAAGUACACAUUCUUUGCAAUGGCUUUAGCAAAUAACGCAGAUACAAAAAUAAUUCGCUUAUUAAACGUAUUUUUGAAUCUUCUUACGGCGGCUGUGAAAUUGGAGGUUUCAUGUUUGCUAAGGUACAAAAAGUCGGUGUAGAAAGACCUGGACCUUCACCUUGACUCAUGCAUCACACCUGCUUAAUCAGUAUGUUUUUGUGCACAUACUAUACAGGUGUAUGUUUGUGAAUGCAUGACCUUUCGAUUUAAUUUCUGAAUCACCCUUUGAGAUGAAAGUUACCAAAGAGCUACAUUUACUUUCUCUGGGACAGCGUGUUAUGUAUAUUAUUGUAUGCUUAUGAAAUCUAAUGGGAGGAGUAUUUUAUCCUUUAAGGACUGUGAAUGACCUUCAGUAGCUCAGAAGCCUAAAUACGUUGUGGUUCAUUCAGUGCGGUUUCCUGUUUCUUCCUCAGUGUACCGCUUCAAUUCACAAGAAUUUAGCAAGAAAUAUUCUGCGCUUGAAACUUUUUUUGUGGUUUGGUGUUUUUUUUUUUUUCAAAU